UUUCAAUCCUAGCCGUCCAUCAAUACCUCACGUUUUAAUCCAACGAUCUAUAAAUCUCAUCUUCCUCAAUAAACCAGAAGAUCAGAGAAAACAUAUAUAUACACAAUACACAGAGAAAUAUAGUCAGAUGAGUCAGAUAGAAAGGUAGGCAAGUCGGACCGUUUGAGAAAUGGAGUCGUCCGACCCGUCGUGUAGCCAAAUCCCGUCCAUCCUCUCCUCCUUCGUCGACGCCUUCGUCGACUUCUCCGUCAGCGGUCUCUUCUUCCCCUCCUCUCCAAACCCUAACCCUAACCCUAACCCUAACCCUAACCCUAAUCCAUCUCCUCUUCCAACCCACAUCCCCGCCCCUCGCCGUCUCGUCGCCAUCGGAGACCUUCAUGGCGACCUCCCCAAAUCCCUCGCCGCCCUCUCUCUUGCCGGCCUCGCUGACUCCUCCACCGGCCGCUGGACUGGUGGCCACACCGUCGCCGUAUUCCUCGGCGACUUCCUUGACCGUGGUGGCGACGAGCUCCGUCUCAUACACCUCCUCCACCGUCUCUCCAUCGAAGCCUCGCGCUCUGGCGGUGCCAUUCACUCCGUUCUUGGUAACCACGAGGUCAUGAACGUCGACGGAGAUUUCCGCUACGUUACAAGGGAAGGCCUUGAUGAGUUCCGGCGCUGGGCGAUCUGGUUCCGCACCGGCCUUGCCAUGAAGCGUCUCUGCGAGGGCGUGCCCACUCCCAAGGACCCCUUCGCUGGGAUCCCGAAAUCCUUUCCCGGAAUCAAGCAACAGUAUUGGGAGGGAUUCCGAGCUCGGAUCGCCGCCCUCCGCCCAGACGGCCCGAUCUCCACAAGGUUUCUCGCCGGGAACCGGACCGUUCUGGUCGUCGGUGAUUCAGUGUUCGUCCAUGGCGGGCUCCUUGAAACCCACGUUGAUUACGGAUUGGAGAAGAUCAACAGUGAGGUGAGGGAUUGGAUUUUGGGCAAGAAUGGGAGGCUAUCUCCAGAGUACAUGAGGAGGAGGAACUCAUUGGUUUGGCUUCGGAAUUUCUCUGAAGGAUUCAAUUGCAAUUGUGAGCAUUUGGAAGGGAUUUUGAAGAUGAUUCCUGGAGCUAAAAGGAUGGUGAUGGGGCAUACAAUACAAGAGGAUGGUAUCAAUGGUGUUUGUGAGGAUAAAGCAAUCCGAAUUGAUGUUGGGUUGUCCAAAGGUUGCGGCGAUGGGUUCCCGGAAGUGUUGGAAAUCAGUUUGGAUGGAAAGAUGACAGUUUUGACGGUGAAUCCCUUGUUCAAUCCGAGAUAUCGGCCGGAAGCUGAAAAGAAGGAAGGGUUGGCAUUGUUGGUCCCUGAGACUGGGUUGAAGGAAGUGGAAGUGAAGGCUUAGAGAAGAAAAUAGAAGAGAAAAUUGAGAUUGCCAUUGAUGCUGCUUGUGAAGUUCAUACUAUGGAAUCAUUUGCUCUGAGGAAUUUCUCUGGUUCUUUGGCGCAUUGAGGAUGAUUGGACGAGCAAAUUAUUGGACAAGCAAAUUAUCGUGUUGAGGUGACAAUGGGUAGUUCUACUUUAAUUUUUAGAUUAUUGUUGAUGACUUGAUGAACUUUAAUGUAUACAUGUUGUUAAUAGUGUCAAAUGUUGUAGGAGUAUAUUAUUGAGGUGACGAUGGGUAGUUUUAAUUCAAUUUUUAGGUUAUUGUAGAUGAGUUGAUGAAAACAUCUCUACAUGUAGAAGGGAAUUUGCAAAUAAUUAAGCCUGUAUGACAGCAACCAUUCUCAUCUUUUUAUGAGGGUGAAGUUGAUUCUGUCUUAUUUUUACUUGUAGAUGGGAGAUGAUGAGCUUAAAUAGAAUUCUUUUGAAAUUAAAUAUAUUGAAAGUCUAGAAGUGUUGUUUCA